CCUCUCUCUCUUCCUUCUCAUCCCACAGAGCAUUUUGAAACUUCAAUCAAGAGAGAGAGAGAGGCCCCCAAGUUUCUUCGAUCUCGUUGCCAAGUAAAAUAUCAGUCAUCAGAAUAUCUCUUCUUCUGCUGCGGCGAACAAGAACCUGAGAACCUCUCCCAUAACCACAAUGGCUCGCUCUCUCUCUAACGCUAAUAUCCUCUCCGUCUUCGUCGCCGAGGAGUUCUCCAACGCCAUUUUCAGACGAGGGUUCGCCGUCGCAGCCAAUACAACGUUGCAGGGGAGCGUUUCGAGCGGUGGAGCCGCUUCUGCCGCGGUGAUGAAGAAUAACGUCGGGCAAGAGUCAAGCGAGAAGGCGCCGUGGGUCCCAGAUCCUAAAACCGGUUACUACAGACCCGAAACCGUUUCUGAGGAGAUCGACCCGGCGGAGCUACGAGCUGUUCUCUUGAACAACAAGCAAUAAACUAAGUUUUUUUUAAUAUAAAACGCUUUUUGAUUAAUCAUAUUAAUGUUGUUUAAUGAUAUGUUUUAAGGGGAGGAUUAGGAAACGGUUAUGAUCCUUUGCUGGUGAACUCCAUCUUAUUCUGUUGCGAUUUUUGUAAUAAUCGUUGGAUCUAUCCUAAUAUAAGUUUUAAAUAAAAGCUUUCCAUGUAAUCAUGUAUGAUACUGCUAU